AGAAUGGAAGACAUGCAGGGCCUGGUGGAGAGACUGGAGCGAGCCGUCUGCCGGCUGGAGCAGCUGUCUGCGGAGUCACACAAGCCUCCUGGGAACUGCGGGGAGGUGAACGGCGUCCAUGGAGGUGUGGCGCCCUCCGUGGAAGCCUUUGACAAGCUGAUGGACAGCGUGGUGGCUGAGUUCUUAAAGAACAGCAGGAUCCUUGCCGGUGACGUGGACACUCACGCGGAAAUGGUGCACGGUGCCUUCCAGGCCCAGCGGGCGUUUCUUCUGAUGGCCUCGCAGUACCAACAACCCCAGGAGAACGAGGUGGCUGCCCUUCUGAAACCCAUAUCGGAAAAGAUCCAGGAAAUCCAGACCUUCAGAGAGAGGAACCGCGGGAGCAGCAUGUUCAACCACCUCUCGGCCGUCAGCGAGAGCAUCCCUGCCCUGGGCUGGAUAGCUGUGUCCCCCAAACCUGGUCCUUAUGUCAAGGAGAUGAACGAUGCUGCCACCUUUUACACUAACAGGGUCUUAAAGGACUACAAACACAGUGACUUACGGCACGUGGAUUGGGUGAAGUCCUACCUGAACAUCUGGAGUGAGCUUCAAGCCUACAUCAAGGAGCACCACACCACGGGCCUCACCUGGAGCACCACAGGUCCCGUAGCGACCACGGCGUCGGCGUUUUCUGUCCUCUCUUCUGGGCCUGGCCUCCCGCCACCUCCUCCUCCACCGCCUCCCCCAGGACCACCUCCACUUUUUGAGAACGAAGGCAGAAGAGAGGAGUCCUCUCCUUCUCGUUCGGCUUUGUUUGCCCAGCUUAACCAGGGAGAAGCCAUCACCAAAGGGCUCCGGCAUGUCACAGACGACCAGAAGACAUACAAGAAUCCCAGCCUGCGGGCCCAAGGACAAGUGCGAUCUCCAACCAAAUCCCACACUCCAAGUCCCACAUCUCCCAAAUCCUCUUCUCCCCAGAAACAUGCUCCAGUGUUCGAGUUGGAAGGAAAGAAGUGGAGGGUGGAGUAUCAAGAGGACAGGAAUGACCUCGUGAUUUCAGAGACUGAACUGAAACAAGUGGCUUACGUUUUCAAAUGUGACAAAUCGACACUCCAGAUAAAUGGGAAAAUAAAUUCCAUUACCAUUGAUAACUGUAAGAAGUUUGGCCUGGUGUUUGACAAUGUGGUGGGGAUCGUGGAAGUGAUCAACUCCAAGGACAUUCAGAUCCAGGUAAUGGGGAGAGUGCCAACAAUUUCCAUUAACAAGACAGAAGGCUGCCACGUGUACCUCAGUGAGGACGCCUUGGACUGUGAGCUGGUGAGCGCCAAGUCUUCCGAAAUGAAUGUCCUUGUCCCUCAGGAUGGUGAUUAUAGAGAAUUUCCGGUUCCUGAGCAGUUCAAGACAGUAUGGGAUGGAUCCAAGCUGGUCACUGAACCUGCAGAAAUUAUGGCCUAAUCUCCAGAAAGCCUGGGCCCCCCCCAACCUCGGUCCCAUCACACAAACACAAGCAAGCAGCAUUCAAGAGCUCCAGCGCCAACUCGUUAGUUAAGCCUCCAACAGAGCUCUAGAAACAGCGUCGUGUCUGGCACGCCUUUGUGGGCAUUCUGAAAUAUUUAACAUUUCUUCAUGACUUACCUUUGUGUGUGAUUUUAGUUCCACAUAACUUGUGAACACUACUGAUUGAAAGGAAAAGAAAAAAGAAUUCUGAUCCCCUUGUAUCCUUAACACAGUCACUGAUGGGUAAAAAUACUGCAUGUAUCACUUUUACACUUAGGCUUAAUUGCUAGUCGGAAAAAAAACCUUUGAGAAUCAACGUCCUUUUUACCUUUUAGACUAUUUCAAUAUGAUGUAAUAGUAGUAGUGUGGCCAGAAAAAUGUAUGAUUUUUUUUUCUUAUUUUUACUACAUUUUCAUCUUUAUCGGUGUGGAUACACUAUCAGCAUGAAUUCAUAUUUCAGUCCAUGUCCUAAAAAUAAAUAAGAAAAUUCCACAUAUAAGGACCAAAUUUGGUUUCUUGGUCCUUGGAAGACCUAUAUCCUUAAUAGUUAGUAAAAUACAAAAGUAAGGGGCUAGGGUUGUGGCUCAGCAGUAGAACGCUUGCCUAGCACAUGUGAGGCCCUGAGUUCGAUCCUCAGCACCACAUAAAAAUAAAGAAGGUUAAAAUAAAAGUAAAUUUCUAAUUAUUCAUCUUCAGUAUUGUUCCUCCAUGUCACGUGACAACUCACUUUUCUGCAUACUCUUCUGCCAAAAGAUCGGCAUAAGAGGAAGCAAUGUUUCUGCUACAUGAAAUCUCAUAAUUUUGCUCUGAGAACAGCUCAAUUUUUGUUUUCCAUUUUUGAGCCUGUUAAAUAUCAGAUGCCUUGUAAAUGGUGUUGUGCUUUAUUAUAGAAUCAUUUCUUCUUUCCCAUUUGCCAGACGCUAACCAGUCUCAAAAAUGACCAUGAAAAAAGCCAUAGCUAUAUUACUUCUUCUAAAACCUAAAGAAUUGUUUGUUGGUUUGGCUUGCUGCUCCUAUUUUGUAGUCUUGAUAGUAUCUGCUUUUUAAAAAUGAGUAACUAUGAUAUUCCUUUGUAUCUUUUUGGUACAUAGUGCUGAAUUGUAACUUCUUGGAUCACGUGUGAUAAAGUGUCAUUCUGUGCUUGCAGAAACAACACAAGCAUAUAUAUUGUGCCUAUGACAGCCUUUGGAACAUAUCAUUUCCGUUUUUUAAAAAUAUCUUCUAUAUCCAUAUAGCAUUCAAAUUACUAAUGCUCAUGUACCAAGGUUUUGCUACAAAAAUUUUUGUCUGAAUGAAUAUUGUUGUGGCUUUAAUAAAUAUCAUUUUUGAACUGUAAACUUAUUCCAAAAGAGAGUAAAAUUCUAAUUGUUUAAAUACUGUGAUGAA